AAUAAGAAAAACGGAAAAAAGAAGGAAGAAGAACCUCGCCCAAACCCCACACAAAAUCGAAUUCGGGUAUCCCGUUCGCCAUUGCGCUUCGUUUUAUCGCCAGCUGCUUUCUCUUUCCACCGGAGCAGCCGCAAUGGCUGCCGCUUACCUGUCCUUCAUUCCCACCUUGAAACCUAACCCUAGCCGUUACUCACAACACUCAAGAAGUUCACGCACACUCCCCUGCGCUUCGUUGUCUGCAAGCUCUGGAUCCGAGGCUUGGAAAAUUUUGAGGCGAUGUGAUUUCUCAAAGCGUGGAUUUGGGGCACGAAUACGCUUAUUGAAUCGGCGGUUUCCGAGUUUUCUUCCGCUAACUGCGCAUGAAGAGUCGAAUCGUUCAGAUAUAGAAGUGGAGAAGGCCAGCGAGCUAAAAUAUAAAGAAGAUGCUUCACAGGAAGCAUGGAAACAGACCCUUGAAUCGUUUAAAGAGGAAGCUAAGAAGAUGAAAGAGAUAUCACAGGAAGCAUAUGAUGUAUACUCAAAGAAAGCAAUUGCAAUAUUGGAAGAGACUUCUGAAGCUUUGAAGAUUCAAGCAGACAAAACAAGGCGUGACUUGAGUAUGGUAGCAAAAGAAAUAAGUCAAGGAAGUCAAGUUUAUCUUUCUACAGCAGCAGUUAAUUCUCCUGAAUCUGUUAAAGAUAUAGUGGAAACUUUUGCCUCUGCACCAGAUGAGUUGAAUUCAGCAGUCCGUGACUUUUAUGUUGGCAUUCCUUAUGGCUCAUUACUUGCAAUUGGGGGCUUUCUUAACUUUAUGUUGACAGGAAGCAUACCAGCAAUUCGGUUUGGUGCUAUUCUUGGUAGUUUCCUGUUGGCCCUAGGUAUAUUGAGUUUAAGAUCUUGGAGGAGCGGACAACCUUCACGACUAUUUUUGAAUGGGCAAGCUGCAAUUGCCACAGUUAUAUUUAUACGGGAAUGGCGGUUGUUUUCAAAGAUUAAAUCCUUCCCAACAUUCUUGAUGACUUUCAUAAGCGGAGCAAUGCUAGCAUUCUAUGUGUAUAGGUUAGUGAUUGAUGAAAGCACACACAGUUCAAGUUUGGAUGAAAGCUCUGAUAAAUAACAAGCCCAAGGAGAACAGUUGGGAAGUUCUUAAUGGGAUUCACUCUGUCUCUGGAUUCAGCUGAAUUUCAUGGAUUAAGGAAGAUAACUUUCAUUGGGGUUGGAAGAAAUCAAGUUGGUAUUAUGUAAGCUAUAGAUUUUGAUAUAAUAUAUAUAUAUAUAUAUAUAUAUUGCCGUUUUUCUGCCACUCAAUGCCAUAUAAUGCUUGUAGCGAUUCAGAAAUUCUAGAGAAGUUGCUCUUCUUUGUUUUGCCUGAGGAUAAAAUUACUCUAA